AGUAGACGAUCUACUUUCGGAUUCGUUAUCGCCUAAUGCAUGCAUAUCACCUAAUGCACACGUGGCGAGCCUCCAUUGAACAAAGCUGAGCAGUGAUGGCGGACAGUGGAAAUGGCGAUGCUUGGUAUGCGCCUGGUGUGAGCGCUCCCAACUGUUGGUUACCUCCCUCUAACGAUGAUUCUGUUUGGUGUGGACCAGAGGACAAGGAGUUGAAGCAAUUUUACGAUCACAACGUCAACAUUAGGGGUGCAAGUUUCCAAGAUGUACAAGUGCAAAUUGAUCAGCUGCUGAAGAGUUUAUACACAGAGCUUAAGCGUGCUGAAUCGACGCAUCCCUUUCUGAGACUAAAGCCAUUUCUUAAACAAGGUGGCUCCAGGGAAGGUCUGAAGGUCGGGGCAGCUAACGAGUUUGAUGCAUUGCUGCCGUUUACCUUCACCGGCAUCACUGCGAAGGUGAUAGAAACACCCGAAAACAAUCUGCCUCCAGGUUUAGCAGAAAUUUGUAUCAAGAGAAUAAGUGAUAGAGUGGCCAUACGGCCGGUAGAGUUGUUUGUAGAUAGAGAUGGUGAGAGAUAUGUCAGCUCAGAGGUUUUCCAUGACAAACUCUUCAAGAGUUUGAUCGACACAGCAGUACAGAAGUUCAACCAAGACCCUUCCAUGAGUUCCUUCAAUAUUAGGAGACAGGCCAGCGCACCAGCCAUCAAACUAGAUGUCAUCAUAAAUGGGGAGAUGGUCAGCAUCGAUGUCGUUCCAGGCUUUGAGAUAUAUGCCAGCUCCUCCUCAUUGUCUGCAGAGAGAGAUGUUGAGAGGUAUGUCAGCAGCUCACAGGAUUUCCAUGACGAAGACCCUUCAUUUGGUUCCUUCCAUUUUAGGAGAGAGACCAGCCCACCGGCCAUCACACUAGCUUUCAUCAUAAAUCCAGGCGUCGAUACAUUUGCCAACUCCUCCUCAUUAAGGAAGUUUUUGGUGACUCGUUGGAUUCCAAGCUCUAAAAACAUCACUCGGACUGUCCGUAUUCCGGAUCCCGCUACGGUUUGGCGUGUGUCCCAUUCGCAUUUUGAAAUGCAUAUUUUUGAUAAAUGGGGCGUCGAAAAUCUUACUGGCAAACGUCUUGUCCGAGCUGCACGAAUCCUAAAAGGUCUUCGCGUCAAGGAUAAAGACCGGAAUUGUAGCUCACAGCUUCACCAUGUCCUUACGUCUUACCACAUCAAGAACAUCUUGCUCCACAGCCUGCUGUGUCUGACCAAGGUCAAUGCCGUGUCGUUGUCAAGUGUCUCGGAGGCUCUCGGCUAUCUGGUCUUCAUGCUAAAGAGCGCUUUGACCAGAAGUAAAUUACCAAAAUUUUUCUCCUUCAAUCCAAGCCUUGGUCCCUAUUUCCCAGAUUACGCAUUUCAUAGCAGGAGCACUCCCGUGGUGAACCUGUUUGAGGAGCGCUCUGAAGGGGAGAUACAACAGGUUCAGGCUCAUCUUACAAAAGCUCUCAAGCACUUCAACCUUCAACAACUGCUGGACAAGACCCAACACGUGGACACAUGCGCUAUCAAGCCUUUUCUCGAUAAUGUUGAAGCCUGAACGUUUGUACUCGGUCUCCUUUAAGACCGGCGGAUGUUCAAGAUUUUAUUCUGAUCGACUUAGCUAUAAUUUAGCAUUGCAGUAAUUAUUUAUAUACUAAUAUAUACUAUAGACCGUGUUCAUAUGUCUUUAGCUAUUGCGAGUGCAUUAAGUCCUUAACUAAAAAUCGAAUACAGAUGUUCCCGAUGUUGUGAAAAUACGUAAU